AUGGCGCCGUCUGAGUACAAAAUUGCGAUGCUUCCGCCUCCGGGCGACGUGGUUGCUCCAAAUGGCUUCCCGGCAGAUCCGCGACCCAAGAACGCACCCCGUAUAUUCCUUGAUGCUAUGGAUCUACGCAUAGAAGUCUUUUGUGAUGAGCAGCAUUGUGCCCUGGAGCCAGAGCUGGACGAGGAUGACCCUCGGUCGUGGCAUUGGGUUGCUUACCGUACAAGCGAGUCGGGUGCAGAGGAUCCUGUCUCUGUCAUCCGGAUCGUCCCUCCGCCACAUGGUCCCCAUCCCAAUGGCUUUAGUGAUCCAGAUGAAGAGCCAUACGUCAAGCUAGGGCGCGUCGCAACGAAGGCCAACCACAGAGGGAGGGGCCUAAGCCGGCUUCUGACCGAGGCGGCUUUCCAGUGGCUCGCUGCACAUAAGGAGAAAGUUGCAGCCGGAUACGAUGGUCUGGUUCUUUGCCAUGCUCAGGUAUCCGUGGAGAAGAUGUAUGCAAAGUUGGGGUUUGUUACCGACGAAAAAUUGGGCCGCUGGGAUGAAGAAGGGAUCGAGCACCUCGGAAUGUGGAAACGUGUCUAA